AUGAAGCACCUUGCAUCUUCCAUCGCAUUGACUCUACUGUUGCCUGCUGUGCAGGCCCAGCAGACUGUAUGGGGGCAAUGUGGCGGCCAAGGCUGGUCUGGCCCGACAAACUGUGUUGCUGGUGCGGCCUGUAGCACACUGAAUCCCUACUACGCUCAGUGUAUCCCGGGAGCCACCGCGACGACCACCACCCUCUCGACAACGACAACGACGACGACCCAGACGACCACCAAACCUACGACGACUGGUCCAACUACAUCCGCACCCACCGUGACCGCAUCCGGUAACCCUUUCAGCGGCUACCAGCUCUAUGCCAACCCCUACUACUCCUCCGAGGUCCAUACUCUGGCCAUGCCUUCUCUGUCCAGCUCGCUCCAGCCCAAGGCUAGUGCCGUCGCUCAAGUGCCCUCAUUUGUCUGGCUCGACGUUGCCGCCAAGGUGCCCACAAUGGGGACUUACCUAGCCGACAUUCAGGCCAAGAACAAGGCCGGCGCCAGCCCUCCUAUCGCUGGUAUCUUCGUGGUCUACGACUUGCCGGACCGUGACUGCGCCGCUCUGGCCAGUAAUGGCGAGUACUCGAUUGCCAACAACGGUGUGGCCAACUACAAGGCAUACAUUGACGCUAUUCGUGCUCAGCUGGUGAAGUACUCUGACGUCCACACCAUCCUCGUCAUCGAACCCGACAGCUUGGCCAACCUGGUGACCAACCUCAACGUCGCCAAAUGCGCCAAUGCGCAGAGCGCCUACCUGGAGUGUGUCAACUAUGCUCUAAAGCAGCUCAACCUGCCCAACGUCGCCAUGUACAUCGACGCAGGCCACGCUGGAUGGCUCGGAUGGCCCGCCAACUUGGGCCCUGCCGCAACUCUCUUCGCCAAAGUCUACACCGACGCCGGUUCCCCCGCCGCUGUUCGUGGUCUGGCCACCAACGUAGCCAACUAUAACGCCUGGUCGCUCAGUACCUGCCCGUCCUACACGCAGGGAGACCCCAACUGCGACGAGAAGAAGUACAUCAACGCCAUGGCGCCUCUGCUCAAGAGUGCCGGCUUCGACGCGCAUUUCAUCAUGGAUACCUCCCGCAACGGCGUCCAGCCCACCAAGCAAAGCGCCUGGGGUGACUGGUGCAACGUCAUCGGCACCGGCUUCGGUGUGCGCCCCUCGACCAACACCGGCGAUGCGCUCCAGGAUGCCUUUGUGUGGAUCAAGCCCGGUGGAGAGAGUGAUGGCACGUCCAACUCCUCUUCGGCCCGGUAUGAUGCGCACUGCGGAUACAGCGAUGCUCUGCAGCCUGCUCCUGAGGCUGGUACUUGGUUCCAGGCCUACUUUGAGCAGCUCCUGACCAACGCUAACCCGUCUUUUUAA